GUGGACCUCUCCCCAGGAUGGCUGGCUUCUUCUCUAGCCGACAGGCUCCCAUGCAAAGGAUGCUGGGUUGGGGAGGCUCCCAGAGCUGCUGAGAACUGUAAAGGCUUUCUGGGUUUGUCAAGAGAAAAGUGAAGGCAGAGGAAGGCACGCCCUGGAGAGCUGCCAUUGACCAUGGCCCCCACCUCUCACAUCUCCCUCUGGAGCGUCUUUCUUACAGUGACCCUCCUCCCUUGCAUAGUGCAGGCUGGGCAGCUUCCUCGACAGCCAGAAGGCUGGGGACAAAGCCUUGACAAACACCCUACUCAGGAAUCCCAGCAGGACCAUGGGGAAACCCCUGGGACCAGGCACCAGAACCUUAACACUCAGGACCAGUCCAGGUUAAAUCAAGGGGGUAGAGGUGAACUUGGCACAGACCUCAUAGAUUGGCUCAGGGCUACUGUGGGGCCAGGAGAAACUGGAAAGUCCAGAAAGUCUCCAAAUAGCCCAGUCCUGUCCCCGUCCACCUCUCCUCCUUUGAGCUCAGUAGCCAGUCUUGGGACCCCUCCUGAUCAAGAUAGUGUCACUGGAGCUGUGUGGAUGGGGCCUCCACCUAGACAGGAGGGAUACAGUUUGGUAGAUAAAUUAGGCACCAGGGAUGCAGGGGGCAGGGAUAUGGGGCUCAAGUUUUGGGUUUCAAAGGGACCCAUUUCCGAAGACAGAAGGGGUCCUCUGAAUUCAGAGCAGACUCCAGGACAAGCGGCUCCAUUCCCUUUUGCAGGUGGGUCCCCAGAGGAGUCCCCAACUCUUCAUCUCUUCCCCACUGUUGCCCUAGGGCCCAGAACUCAAAGACCCCAUCCAAAGGUGUCCACAGUUCAGGAGAAGGUAGAGGUCUUGUCCAAAGGUGUGACAAGCCCUACCCCAGAAGGGAUUCCUAGGGAAGACCUGGGUUGGAAGGUAGUGAGCAGGGAUGAUGACCUUAAUCUUCAAGAGCCAUUGGCUGCCCAGGCUCCAGUUCUUUCAUGGAUGCCUUUCAUGACAACUGACCAAGAGCACCAGCCACCAAGUAGCAGUCCUGUGAUCCCAGGGGCAGGCAGACAGCUGAUUAUGCAAGCAGACUCUGUCACCCUCAGGACCAUGAACAGUUAUGUCCCCUUCCCAAUAGACCAUGCCCUGAGCCCUACUGUGGGAGCUGGAGAGGGAAAGACAGCAAAAGCACAAAGUUGGAGUGGGGAGGUUACCACUAAAGGGAGGAAGCAGGGUUCCCCAAAACCAGGGGGAGGGAGGAGCUGGAGUGAAGAAGCCCAGACCCCCCAGGUUAUCACCGAGAAGAGUUCUGUGUCUUCCGUCCUAAGGCCUGAAACUCUCCUAAAGCCUGAGCUGACAUCCUCCACUCCAGGGGCUUCCUCUCAGGAUUCCAGGUCCCUGCCCAUCUGGAUCUCAGCAAACCACCUGCCCUCAGUCCUGGCCGAAGAGCCUGACCUCAGGACUGGACGCUGGAGUACCCAUUUUGCCCAUCAAAUCAGCACCCAAAAGGCUCCCCUUAGCCCCCAGACUGAGGACUCUGACAGUGAGGGGAACAGUCUCUCUGCUACACUUCUCGCCAGCUCCAGGUCACCAUCCCCUUCCCCUGUCUCCAACGCCACAGCUCCAUUGUCUCGGGAGCAUCAGCCUGGGCCAGAGACAGGACUCUUGGAAGGAGCUGAACUGAUUUCCCCUCAGCGAGUAAGAGGGGCUGUGGAAUCCCCAAAUUCCCAGAAUUCUACCACUCCAAGCACCCCUGCUUCUGAGAGGAUGACCAAUGCCACAAAGAGCCUCCCAGCAGCUGGCCCACCAGGCAUAGCGGAAAGACAGCCCGGGGAGCGGCCUCCUCAGAGCCACCCUCCGGCCCCUCCAGCUUCCUCCGGGCCGUCCCUGACCACUUCCCGCAGGGGUCUUAUCCGAGUCACCACCCAGAGAGCCCUGGGGCAGCCGAACCCUCCGGAGCCCUCUUCCAGUCCCGCGGCCUCAGACCUUCCUCUGGAUACCACUUGCGGCCCGAGGGCGUGCGGCCCCCAGGCCAAUGAGACGAGCUCCCCGCCGCUGCGCUGGGGGCCCCUGCGGCACACGCUGAGCUUCGCCUGGGAGCUCCACGUGUACGGCGCCGGAGCGUUCUUCCUGCUGCUGGCGUUCCUGGCUCUGGCAGGCCUAGUGGCCGCAGCGGUCACUCCCCACGUGCCCGGGCGAGCCCACGCGCUGGCCGCGGCCGCUCUCGUGCUAGCUGCCUCCUUGCUGCGCGCCAUCUACUUACUGGCCGACCCGUACGGCUCGCGGGGCCGCUUGGCAGCCCGCACGGGGCUGGUCCUCUACAAUCUGCCCUUCCCGCUGCUCGUGACCGCCCUCGGGGCGCUGGCGCUACUGGGCCUCGGGCAGCUGCUCCCGCCCAGGUUGCGCAGCCUGCGUCUGCUGGGCGCGCUGGGUGCAGUGCAUUGGACGCUACUGCUGGGAGCUGAUCUGCUCUCCCCCUGGCUUCGCCCUCCUCUCAACCUGCUGGUGCAGGGACUGUCGUGCGCCUGGGGCGCCGGGGUGGCGCUGGGCACGCUGCUCCUGUGUCGCCGCUGGCUACUUGGUGCGGUGGAGGUUGGCCCCGAGGGCCACGGGAGGAGCCGAGCCCCAGGUCCCGGUCCCAGGGUCCUGGCUGUGGGCGGGGCCCUGGGAUUGCUGGCCAGUGGUUUGCAAUUGACGGCCGCUGUGUGGCUGUACCCGCUGGCGGGGACCCCCAGCCGAUUCUCCUGGCCCUGGUGGGGCGUGCAAUUCUGGCUACGCCUGGUGGAACUCGCCUGGGCCGCCGCCCUGGCCCUGGUGGCUGGGGUCGCUUCAUGCCGCUGGGGACCGAGGCCCACUGAACACACGUGCUGGGGCAAGCUGCUGCACUAUGCAUGUCCCCCACCAGGGAAAAACGAGGUGCCUGAGUAUCCUAACAAUUGCUACGACUGGACAGGCACACCCGGGGUCGAGCGCUGCGGUACCGACAUCAGCAAGAGCCUCAUUCGCAACCCUGCCGAGAGCGGGGGAUUCCGGCCCCCCAAGGACAGCAAUGAGCUGCGAGCUGGCCAGGUCCUUCCUAGCCCCGCCGGCUCGGCGGCCUCCCUAGCUCGGGCUGGACGGAGCCCCAAGUACCCCAACAACGUGGGCCCAGGUCGCUCUCGCAGCAGCGUGUGCCUGGAUAAAACUGCGGGGCUGUCAUUGAGCGAGCUAGACUUGCGCCCGCCCUCACCCAUCAACCUGAGCCGGAGCAUUGACGAAGCGCUGUUCCGGGAGCACUUGGUCCGCGACAGCGUUUUCUUGCGCUCCAGCCUGCAGUACCCAGCUGGCCUGGGCCGUCGGGACUCAGCCGCCUCCCUGCAGGCUCUCUCCCAGCCAGGCGGCUCCCUCUUGCGACAGAGGCGCAGCAGUGACCCGGACCGUUCGGGCCUAACCCCUCAGGAUCGCUGUAGUUCCUUGACCGACGUGCGGGUUGUCCCCAAGCCUGCCCCUGAGCCUGAGGCCGGGGCGGCGUCCGGAAGCUCGCUGGACAGUUUUUCCAAGGGCUCCCUCAAGAUCAGCUGGAACCCGUGGCGCCACGGGCUGUCAUCGGUGGAGAGCCUGCCUCUAGACGAGCUGCCCAGCACUGUGCAGCUGCUGCCCUCCCAGGCCGAGCCGGAGCCGGUGCCCGCCCUUGAAGAGCCCGGGGACCCAGAGCGCGAGGCCCGUCGGAGCUUCCUGGCCCUGAGUAAGCAGGUGGACUCGCGAAGCGCCUCUAGCGAGACCAUAGAGCUGUGAUCAGGCCAAAAUUGGUAGACAAUGGGGAAAUAGGGGUUAGAGAUAAAAGGGGGAGCCUCUUCCCUUCCCUCUCUCCGUUCCCCACAGCAGC